AUGGGCCAGGAAACAGCUGAAGUCACAGAGACUCAGGUUCUCUCAUCACACAACACAAUAUCCGAGAAGCGCAGCCAAAAUGAGUCUAUUUCUUGGCUUUCCAAGGCAAAGGACACCAAGUGUAGUCUCGAAACAGUUCAUAAACAUGGCUGGAAGCCAAUGACUCUGGGCGCACCAGUGCUUUUCUCCUUCGCCUUUGUUUCCUUCAUCCUUGCAGUCAUCAUCGAGAUCCUUGCGCAACAGAGCCAGAAGAACGGGGGCCUGACUCUGACUACCUCUUCGGACGACCUACCGACCUACGCGAAGUUUGGACAUCUGUUCCUGCCGACGAUCGUUUCCGUGAUAUACAGUCUGCUUUGGAGUUGGGUUGACUUGGAUGUGAAGCGCAUACAACCAUGGCUGGAGAUGUCGAAGCCAGCUGGCGCAGAGGCCGACCAUUCGAUCUUUCUGGACUACCCUUACGAUUUCGUUGCCUUCGUACCUUUCAGAGCGGCAAAAAGGCGACAUUGGCCUGUGUUCUAUGGAGGCACGGUCAUGGUCAUCAUCUUCUGGCUGAUCACUCCAUUGCAGAGUGCAAUACUCGCUGCCGGCCCCAUUAACGUGCGACGAGCAACAAACAUCUCAAGCCUCGCUUCCAUUCGACCACUUGCAGAACAGCCAAAGUUGAUGGACACGUCUAUUCUAAACGAAGGCUACUCCCUAGCUUGGCUGAAUCAAUCAAUACCGCCAUUCUCCACUCCUGAGUACACCCUACUACCUUUCACUUCCAGCCGUCAGGCUCCUCAGGUUUCUUCAACCAAUUGGACGGGCCAGUCUGUGAAGUACUGGACUGAACUCAGUUGCUGGCCUGGCGUCAUUUCUCAACAUGGUGCCUCAACAAAGUUUACCUAUGACUUCAACAACGGUCGCGGAUGCAACGCCAGCGACGUGAAUGUGCUGGGGUCCUUGAACGACACGACGCCCUUUCAGAUACAGUACUUUGGUUAUCAAAAUAGCGCAUGGGCUGACUACUGGUUGGCACAGCCGACCUGUCCCAAGAGCUCGGCAGAACACCAGUUCUUAGCCGUGUGGUCCCGUUACAAUGCUACGUUGAAUAAGUUCAAAAUGGCUUCGACUUUCUGUGAGACGAACUAUUUCAAGCAGUCAGUCAACGUCACAGUCUCUGCUGUCGACCAGACCCCAAUCGAGAAUUCGAUAGUCCCGUUGGGACCCCGCGAACGGCUUCAGGAGACGGAAUUCAACUACACCGCGUUCGAGCACCUUCUAGGCGCAGGGGUCUCACCCGUGGAGCUCGACGUCAAGCGAGAGUUCCCAUUCGGCCGUCUCCUGGAGCACUAUCAACAAGUUUCCGACCUCGGCCUGAAUUGGCCAUUGUCACCUAUGGCAGGUUUCGCCAUUGCGAUGAAGGGCAAGCCACCACUCGAUGCAUUCAACAACGCAACCUACCUAGGGGAGGCUUACAACGCAACACACAAGAUGCUAUUUACUCUGGCACUGCGUCAUGCUCUUACUAACACAACGAACGCGGCUGUUACCGAAGGACAUAUCGACUUCAUUCUGUACGGCAUUAUAGUCAGUCGUUUGUUCUCUGCCAUCGUUGAAGGACUCCUGGGCUUGGUAGGGUUCUUCACCAUUCUCUUAUGGUGGCACAGCUACAGAGCGCCGAGUAGGCUCACCAUGGACCCGGCUUCGUUGGGAUCGAUCAUCAGUCUUUGCCAAAACAGCAGUGUGUUACUCGACAGAUUCGCUGGGAAGGGGUGCUUGCCGGAAGAAAAGCUCAAGGAGGCCUUUCGGGACCAGCGAUUCAAGUUAUUCUGCGGGUGCCAAAGCCGCUCCAGGCAAAUGAUCAUCAAGGUUGUCGACAUCCGAAACGAGUCUUACGAUGGGGAAGAGAUCGAAAUCCCCGACGCCUCCCUCUCCGUCGGCCAUUACUCACCGGUGAAGCCGCUUGCGUUACGGCGCGAUGUUGGUGCUACGGUGGUUCUAUCUAUGGUUGGAGCAAUUGUCGCCCUCGCCUACCUCAAAGUAGAGGAGACACGUAUUCGAGGGCUCAUCCGGCCCACGACAAACUUUGAGGUUCUCCAAAUUCUGGAGAACUACGUUCCAACUAUCUUCGCGACACUGCUCGAGCCGUUUUGGGUGCUCGUCAACAGGCUGCUUUGUCUCAUGCAACCUUUUAGAGAUUUAUGGAGAGGUCGACGGACGGCCGAGGGAUCAAUCGACGCCAGAUACACUUCUUUGCCUCCGCAAUUUGUGAUUUGGCGUGCGGCUCGGUCUGGCCAUUUCAUGCUGACAGCGAUGUGCUUCUUAGCUCUUCUGUCCAACCUCCUAGCCGUUGGGCUUGGUGGUCUCUUCAACGAGUUUCCCAUCGUCAUCGAAACUGAACGCAAAUUCCAACAGACGCUUAAGCCGCAGAUGACCAACGCCAACGGACAAAAGGCCCAGAAAAUCUUCAGGAUGGACACUGCGCCCUAUGAGACGCCAUACUACGCAAUGAUGAAUAACAUCUCUCAAGGAACACCUCUUCCACCUUGGAUCACCAAAGACUGGUUUUUCCAACAGUUCUCCAUCUUGCCCGGAGAAAACGAUACAGGAGACACCUAUACAGCGAGAACACACGGUUUCGGUACUAUCCCCUCAUGUUCCGCCGUCGGUCCCGUCAAAUCGGGGGUUCUGGGGCCUGUCAUAAAUCACACAUUCGUCCGAAACGGAGAAGCCAUUCCGGAUUGUCCUACGACUUACCGAGCCGCCUCAUUCGACUUUAACACAACAUUUCAAGAGAAGGUGACUGGGCCGGCUACAUCAGAAUUAGUCGAUACUCUGGGGGAGACCUAUGGCUAUGGCACCUGCAACAUUCCGUUGAUUGUGGGAUAUGGAAGAAGGGAGAAUAACGAGACGAUGGAAUCUCUGUUCGUUGUUUGCGAACCGACUUUCACAACGGCUGUGUUCGAUGUCACAGUUGACCCCGAAGGUUACGUACUUAGCUCCGAACAGGCGUCUGAAGCAUCUUCGACCCUCGACUACCCCCUUUCCACGAAUGAUACCGACACAAUAACCGUUGAUCUCAACAAACUCGUGACCAGCAUCUUGAAGUCCUGGCAUAACGAUACGCUUUCGAAGGGCUGGCUAAACUACCUCCUCAGGAUCCAGCCUGGUCUUGCCAACCUCCACGACCCCGACACGUUUCCGAAUGUCGCCGAGCUCGUCCCUACCGUCGAACGAACAUAUCGACAGCUUUACGUAUUGAUGAUGGGCCUAAACGAUUUCGUGUUCGACGAAUAUCCCGAGCCUGUCACCAUUUCAGGCGUUCAUCGUAAGUCCGAGAUUCGCAUUUUCAUGGACAUCACAGCACUUGUCAUCACCAUGGCAGUUUUGUCCAUCAACAUCCUCGUCGCUAUCCCACUUUACAGCUUUUCCAUCAAACACUUUUUGCCACGAUUGCCUACGAACAUUGGCUCUAUUCUCGCGUACAUCGCGCCUAGUAGAGCUCUUCGCGAGUACGACGGAGAUACGAGCCGCAGAGGCGAGACGUUCAGUUUUGGCCGGUACGUGGGGGAGGAUGGACGUGCGCACGUUGGAAUCGAGCUUGAUCCAUUCGUCGUGCCAGUGAAAUUGUCGGCGUUGAAGAAGGGCGACACGGAACCGAGAAGGGGGAUAAUGAGACGGAUUUUGGGCCGGCGAAAAGCGGAACAGGGGGAUGAGACCUGGUUAUGA